CGUCGCCGACCCGCAAUGGCCAAGCGCAGUUCGCUAUCCAUCCGAAUCGUAGAAGGGAAAAAUCUGCCCGCUAAGGACAUCACGGGCAGCAGCGACCCCUACUGCAUCGUGAAGGUGGACAAUGAACCAAUCAUCAGGACAGCCACUGUGUGGAAGACCCUGUGCCCCUUCUGGGGUGAAGAGUACCAAGUACAUUUACCCCCCACAUUCCACAUGGUGGCCUUCUAUGUUAUGGAUGAAGACGCCCUUAGCCGGGACGAUGUGAUCGGGAAGGUCUGCCUCACAAGGGAUGAGCUAACCUCUCACCCAAAGGGAUUCAUCGGAUGGACCCACCUGGUGGAGGUGGACCCGAAUGAGGAGGUGCAGGGUGAGAUCCACCUGCGUCUGGAGGUGGUGCCAGGGCUCCACGCCAGCCGGCUGCGCUGCUCUGUGCUUGAGGCCAGGGACUUAGCACCAAAAGACCGGAAUGGCGCAUCUGACCCUUUUGUCCGAGUGCACUACAAUGGCCGGACCCAGGAGACCUUGGUGGUGAAAAAAUCCUGCUACCCACGCUGGAAUGAGACAUUUGAUUUUGAGCGAAAAGGAGCCACAGAAGCACUGCUGGUUGAGGCCUGGGACUGGGAUCUUGUUACAAAUGACUUUCUAGGCAAAGUGGUAGUCAAUGUCCAGACACUGCGUUCAGCCCAGCAGGAAGAGGGCUGGUUCCGGCUGCAGCCCGACCAGUCCAAAAGCCGUCAAGGCAAGGGCAACCUGGGCUCCUUGCAGUUGGAGGUGCGACUGCGGGAUGAGACAGUGCUGCCGUCUGUCUACUACCAGCCUCUGGUACAGCUGCUGUGCCAGGAGGUGAAGCUGGGCACCCAGGGCCCAGGACAGCUGAUUCCUGUCAUUGAGGAGACAACCAGUGCUGAGUGUCGCCAGGAAGUGGCCACCACCCUGCUCAAGCUCUUCCUGGGGCAGGGGCUGGCCAAGGACCUUCUGGACCUGCUCUUUCAGCUGGAGCUGGGCCGCACCAGUGAGGCCAACACCCUCUUCCGGAGCAAUUCUCUGGCCUCAAAGUCCAUGGAAUCCUUUCUGAAGGUGGCAGGGAUGCGCUAUCUGCAUGGCAUCCUGGGCCCCAUCAUUGACAGAGUGUUCGAGGAGAAGAAGUACGUGGAGCUGGACCCCAGCAAAGUGGAAGUUAAGGAUGUAGGGUGCUCUGGGCUGCACCGCCCACAGACGGAGGCUGAAGUGUUAGAGCAGAGCGCACAGACGCUGCGUGCCCACUUGGUGGCGCUGCUGAGCGCCAUAUGCCGCUCGGUUCGCACCUGCCCAGCUGUGGUCCGCGCCACUUUUCGGCAGCUGUUCAGGCGCGUGCGGGAGCGCUUUCCCAGCGCCCAGCACCAGAACGUACCAUUCAUCGCGGUCACCAGCUUCCUGUGCCUGCGCUUCUUCUCUCCCGCCAUCCUGUCGCCCAAGCUCUUCCACCUGCGAGAGCGGCAUGCAGAUGCUCGCACCAGCCGCACACUACUUCUGCUGGCCAAGGCGGUCCAGAACAUAGGCAAUAUGGACACACCGGUCUCCAGGGCCAAAGAGUCGUGGAUGGAACCACUACAGCCUACUGUGCGUCAGGGCGUGGUGCAGCUGAAGGACUUCAUUACGAAGCUCGUGGACAUAGAAGAAAAGGAAGAGCUGGACCUGCAGCGGGCAUUGAACUUGCAGGCUCCGCCUGUGAAGGAGGGACCACUGUUUAUCCACAGAACCAAAGGCAAAGGCCCUCUUGCGUCCUCCUCGUUCAAGAAACUUUACUUCUCUCUUACCACCGAAGCCCUCAGCUUCGCCAAGACAUCCAGCUCCAAGAAAAGUGUCUUCAUCAAGCUGGCCAGCAUCCGGGCUGCGGAGAAGGUGGAGGAAAAGAGCUUCGGCAGCUCCCACGUCAUGCAGGUCAUCUACUCAGACGAUGUUGGCCGGGCCCAGACUGUCUACCUGCAGUGCAAGUGUGUGAACGAGUUGAACCAGUGGCUGUCUGCACUGCGCAAAGUGAUUACCAACAAUGCCAGCCUCCUGGGCUCCUACCACCCUGGCGUCUUCCGCGGGGACAAAUGGAGCUGCUGUCACCAGAAGGAAAAGACAGAUCUGGGAUGUGACAAGACCCACUCUCGGGUGACUCUGCAGGAGUGGAAUGACCCACUGGACCAUGACCUUGAGGCGCAGCUCAUCUACAGACACCUGCUAGGAGUAGAGGCUGCUCUUCGGGAAAAGCACCAGCUCCUGAGCCGGGCAACAGAAGCAGGCACCUCAUCCACAGGCCAUGGCGGAGCUCCUGAGGACUCACUGGCCCAGCUGCUCCGAGUGCUGCGAGACCUUCGCGAAGCCCACAGCUCCAGCCUGGCUAGCUCGCCAUCCAGAGAGCCCCGUCACCUCCUAGAGCUACAGACAUGAGGUGUCCGUGAGGCGUCCACUGAGCCUGUCAGGUGUCUGGAGAUCCUUAACGUGCUUAGGACCCUGUCCCAGUCAACUGUUCUGGGGAGGGUUGUGACUGGACAUGGUCUUCUCCAUGUCUUUGUGGGACAACUGUGGCACCUGCUUCUUUGGGAGACCCGACUACUCCUGCAGUCCCUGUGGCCCAGAUCCUUCACCCAGGAGACCAGGCUGUCCACCUCACACUGCUUUGCCACUGUCUGGCCUCCUAGGUCAUUAAUAAACCUGCUGUGACUGC